GGAUAAGAUAAAUUCUACUAAAACCGGAGACUUCUCCGAUACCGAAACAUACUGUAUUUGCGUUCAAAGAGGUGAACUACUCCUACGGUUCUUAGUGGAAAUUUAAGAUGACUGACUUCGACUUGGACUUAUCGCCACCUGAUGCCGAAACUCAGAAGAUAGCUGAGACGGAACUCAGAGAAACUCCGGAGAUCGUCGAGAAAGCUUUGGCGGAACUCAGAGAACUCCUGAAAAACGACGACACUAUUUACUUCAAGGAUGACGAUGACGAGGUCUUGAAAAUAUUCCUAAGACCGUGCAAAUAUUAUGCUCAAAGUGCAUAUGAGCUGAUGAAGCGGAUAGCAGCAUUUAAAGAAAAGUACAAAAACAUUUUAGAAAAUUUACUUCCAGAGGAUGAAAAGGUUGCCUUUAUAGAACACAAUGUAGUCAAUGUACUGAAAGGUAGAGAUCAUAAAGGAAGAAGAGUGCUUGUUGUAAAUGUUGGAGAAACAUGGGACCCAUCCAAAGUGACAGCUGACCAACUAUUCCGUCUAUUCUACCUCAUUCAUGAAGCAGCUGUUUUAGAACCAACCACUCAGAUUAGAGGAGCAGUUGUUAUCAUGGACUACAAUGGUUUGGGUUUGACACAAGUCAAAGCCUUAUCUCCUUCUUUUAGUCUGAAAUUGCUUAGUUUUAUACAAGAUGCCAUGCCUCUAAGAUUAAAAGAGGUUCAUAUGGUCAAGCAGCCUUUCAUUUUCAACAUGGUCUGGACUAUAUUCAAGCCCUUGAUCAGGGCGAAGCUAAAGAAUAGAAUCUUCUUCCACGGCAGCAAGAUGUCGUCCCUUCACAAGUACAUGAGCCCUUCGCAUUUACCAGCCGACUAUGAUGGUAAUUUGCCAAAAAUUAACUACACAGGGAAGGAUUGGUAUCCCACAAUUGAAAAACACCUAGACCACAUAAAGAUGAUGAACAGCUUUGGACUGAAGAAGAAGGCUUAAGUUAUAUUAUUUAAAAUAAUUUAAUUUAAAUGAUUAGUUACUGUGAGAACCACGUACUAUGUUUUCCGACAUGACUGUACAAUUAAUUGUUAAGUAAAACUGGUAUGUAAGUUACAUUUACAAGAAAAUUUGUUCUAUAAUGUAGUACACCUAUGUUUACGUAUUUUCUCUUUCAAUGCAAGUCCAUACUAAGCAUUCCUACAAAAAAGUUACCAAGACAGUAAAUUAUAUUAUUUAGAAUAUGUUUUUAUGAGUAUGUAAUUGUGGAUAAGGUACCUAUUUAAUACUGUUAUUUUGUGUACGAUAUUUUCUCAGUUUUAAUAAAAAAAAUGUUAUAGGUGCA